AUGUUCUGCCCCAGCGAGGUAUGGUGCCCGUGUGCGAUUUGUUCGUUCAGCGCAAGCGGGCGUACCUUGAUCAUCGGGGAAGGACUCCAAUGGAGGGAGGUCGUCGAUGUCUCGAGGUACGGUAUGCCUGCCGAUAUCAAGCAAGUCCCGAUCAUUGAUUCUCUUGACUCGACGAACGGGUGGAGCUUUUUCAAUGAGAAGGAGAAAUGCGAGUAUGAUCGGAUUAGGUUCGUAUGUACCGUAGGUUUGUUGUCAGGUUUUCGUUCUUGGGCUGAGCUGCGGCUUGUUUCUGAAAGGGCUUCGUGGUCAGCAGCGGGGCUGGUCUUUUAA